AUGUUCAAGCUCGGUCGCAGCCGAGCUCUGGCCUCGGCCUUUGCUGCACCGAAGGUGUCGCCAUCCGUCAGACUUCCCGGCAUCGCGCAACAACGACGAGCUCUGAGCAUUCACGAGUAUCUAUCCGCCGACCUCCUGCGCCAGUAUGGCAUCCAAGUCCCCAAGGGCUUCAACGCGAAGACAGCCGCCGAGGCUGAGUCCGUCGCGAAGCAGAUUGGCAACGACGAUAUGGUUAUCAAGGCUCAGGUUCUGGCUGGUGGUCGAGGAAAGGGAACAUUCGACAACGGCUUGAAGGGUGGUGUUCGCGUCAUCUACUCACCGACUGAGGCGAAGAUGUUCGCCGAGCAGAUGAUUGGCCACAAGCUAGUCACCAAGCAGACCGGUGCUGCCGGCCGUCUCUGCAACUCAGUCUACAUCUGCGAGCGCAAGUUUGCCCGCCGCGAAUUUUACCUGGCCGUUCUCAUGGACCGUGCCUCCCAGAGCCCCGUUAUCGUGGCCUCGUCCCAAGGAGGUGUCGACAUCGAGACCGUCGCCAAAGAGAACCCCGAAGCUAUCCUGACUACCUACAUUGAUAUCAACACUGGUGUUACUGAUGAGGUGGCACGGGAUAUCGCUACAAAGCUGGGCUUCAGCGAGCAGUGCAUUGAGGAUGCUAAGGACACUAUUCAGAAGCUCUACAAGAUCUUCCUCGAGAAGGAUGCUACACAGAUCGAGAUCAACCCUCUUUCUGAGACCUCCGAUCACAAGGUGAUGUGCAUGGAUGCUAAGUUUGGCUUCGAUGACAACGCCGACUACCGCCAGAAGGAGAUCUUUGCACAGCGCGACACCACCCAGGAGGAUCCGGAGGAGGUUCGUGCCGCCCAGUCCGGCCUGAACUUCAUCAAGCUGGACGGUGAUAUUGGAUGCCUGGUCAACGGCGCUGGUCUCGCCAUGGCCACCAUGGACAUCAUCAAGCUGAACGGUGGUCAGCCUGCUAACUUCCUGGACGUUGGUGGUGGUGCCACCCCGGCCGCCAUCAAGGAGGCUUUCGAGCUCAUCACCAGCGACCCUAAGGUUACUGCCAUCUUUGUCAACAUCUUCGGCGGCAUCGUCCGCUGCGACGCCAUCGCUCACGGUCUCAUUAACACUGCCAAGACCUUGAACCUCAAGAUUCCUAUCAUUGCUCGUCUGCAAGGCACCAACAUGGAGCAGGCCCACGCUCUGAUCAACGACUCCGGCAUGAAGAUUUUCUCGAUUGACGACCUCCAGAGCGCCGCGGAGAAGGCCGUGCAACUCUCCAAGGUCGUGAAGAUGGCCCGUGACAUCGACGUUGGUGUUGAGUUCACUCUGGGUAUUUAG